UUACGUCUCGCUUGCGCGAUCCUCAUGGAACGUUCUGGAUUUUAAGCAAGCAACGAGAAGGUUACCUGUGCAUCAACUCGGAAUUUCUUGAGCUAAGUGUUGCUGAAAACUUUAAUUAAACUAUAGCAGUCAUGAUGCAAGCUCCAAUAAUGGUCCUUAAUCAGAAUACCAAAAGAGAAAGUGGUAGAAAAGUGCAGAUGAGUAACAUUGAUGCUGCUAAAACUGUUGCUGAUAUUAUACGUACUUGUCUUGGGCCUAAGGCCAUGCUUAAGAUGUUAAUGGAUCCGAUGGGAGGAAUUGUUAUGACUAAUGACGGAAAUGCAAUACUUCGAGAGAUACAAGUCCAGCAUCCGGCUGCAAAAACAAUGCUUGAGAUUAGUCGUACACAGGAUGAGGAAGUUGGUGACGGCACUACAUCUGUAGUCAUACUGGCUGGAGAAGUUCUUUCUGUAGCAGCUCAAUUUAUUGAAGAUAAAAUUCAUCCAACAGUUAUCAUAGCUGCUUAUAGAAAAGCCCUGGAUGAUCUUCUUGAUGUUCUCAAAGAGCAAAUUAGUGUUCCUGUUGAUGUCAAUAACGAUGAAGAGAUGCUCAACAUUUUGAAAAGUUGUCUUGGGACUAAAUUCAUGCAUAGCUGGUCUGAACUUGCAUGCAGUAUGGCACUAAAAGCAACUCGCACAUGCCUUACAGAUAAAAAUGGUCGACGUGAAAUUGAUAUUAAAAGAUACACAAAAGUAGAAAAGAUUCCAGGAGGAAUGUUAGAAGAUUCUUGUGUUUUAGAUGGUAUCAUGUUAAAUAAGGACGUAGUACAUCCAAGAAUGAGUAGACGAAUAGAAAAUCCAAGAAUUUUACUUCUUGAUUGCAACUUAGAAUUUAAAAAAGGUGAAAGCAUGACAAAUAUUGAAAUUAGCCAAGAAACAGAUUUUAAUCGCAUAUUACAACUAGAGGAAGAAUUCAUUAAAAAACUUUGUGACGAUAUUAUAGUGCACAAACCAAAUUUGUUAUUCACAGAAAAAGGUGUUUCAGAUCUGGCUCAGCAUUAUUUAGUUAAAGCUGGUAUUUCUGUUAUUAGAAGAAUAAAGAAAACUGAUAACAACAGAAUAGCAAGAGCUGUAGGUGCAACAAUUGUUAAUCGACCUGAAGAGAUUAAAGAGGAAGAUUUAGGGCUCGGCUGCGGAUUAUUUGAAAUUCAAAAGAUUGGUGAUGAGUAUUUUACCUUUUUAACAAAGUGUAAAGAUCCAAAAGCUUGUACUAUUCUUUUGCGUGGUGCUAGUAAAGAUAUUUUAAACGAAGUUGAUCGUAAUUUGCAAGAUGCAAUGAAUGUUGCAAGAAACGUUAUGAUGGAUCCUCGCUUGUGUCCUGGUGGUGGAGCUACUGAAAUGGCCCUCUCACAUGCUUUAGAGGAAAAAUCGAAAAGUAUUACUGGCGUUAUUCAAUGGCCUUACAAAGCAAUUGCAAGAGCACUUGAAAUUAUUCCAAAAACUCUAAUACAAAACUGUGGAACAAAUUCUAUACGAACAUUAACUGCAUUAAGGGCUAAACACGCUGCAGGUGGAAAUAGCUCGUGGGGUAUUGACGGUGACACAGGAACUAUUGCCGAUAUGAAAGUUGUUGGAAUAUGGGAUUGUUUUUCUGUGAAAGCGCAAACUUACAAAACUGCAAUUGAGACAUCGAUGCUCUUGUUGCGUAUUGACGAUAUUGUAUCUGGAACAAAGAAAUCAUCGGAAAGCGAUCAACCAUCGCAACCCCCUCCCCAGCAAGGAGAAGAUUAGUGAUUACUUGUUUGAAAUUAUAAACAUAAGGGUUUUUGAGUUUUCCCGCGUGCAUUAUCCUCAGUGAUGAAAUUCCUUUUUCAGCUCUUGUACCACCAAAAAAAAAAUAUUUUCAGAAAGUUUUUAAUGAAUUAAAUAUUUUCUAUCUUGCAUAAA